CUGCAAAUCAAGGACAUAUUCAACAUGUGACACCACCGUGGCCAAAUGAAGUGAUUACUUCUGUAGGCGACUGAUUUAUAAAGCCGUUGAAGCUAUAACGGACAAUACUUUAAAAUAUGGCUUGAAAUACUUUUUAUCGGAGUUUUCUAAUCUCGAGAGAAAAAUGUUCUUUUUGAAGAUAGAAAACCAAACCACAAGGCGCUGUGAGGAAAAAUCCACCGGGAAGGGUUAUCAGGACACCUGACCAUUUUGACCUGCGUGAAGAAGAUGGAAAGCGUUUUUGGAAAAGCGAGAGAGGGAAGCGCGAUGCAGCGCUUCAGCCACAGCGGCCUGGCGCUUUUACCGUUGACCAGACAGAUCCUGAUAGUACUGUGGGAAAACGUUCGCUUAAUGCUUCAAGUCAUCUGUUGCAGCUUAAUGGCAGUUUUCCAGAUGUUCCGAUUCGAGGUUCACCUGCGCAUCACAGAUGACACAGGAGAACAUAUUCAGCAUAUGAGGAAUGCCCAUGGUGAUACUGAAGGUUUUCUGUUGUCAUCACUGUUUAAAAGCAACGAUAAUGUUGUAGUGGCAGGUCCAAGUCCUCUGUCAAGGUUUAACAAGGAUCCUUUUAACCUAAACUCACAUUCCAGAUCUGUUCUCUCCAGUCUUGUUAAAGAUGAUCUCUGCUGCUCACUGGUGGACAAUUUAGUAUCUCACGCAACUGAGUGUCUCAAUGAUAAUGAAGAUGUGUGUGCAGGUGAGCAGUUUGCAUGGAAACACAGAUUUGACUGGAAUAUUCAUAAAGGCUUAGAGAGUAGAGUAGAUGAAGAAUGUGCAUCAAAUCUUCAUGGAAAGGAGGUUCAUGACCAGAUUGAUUGCUGUACAGGAUUGGAAUGUAAUUUGUUAGGUUUAAAGCUGAAAAGUCAAAGUUCAGAUAGUGAGUUUAGCUGGGGCAGCUCAGAUAGUUCCUCUAUAGAUCGGGAGCGAGAGAAUAGUGAUGGGCUCUGGGAUCUUCUUAGGUGUUCAGAUGAUCCCUACCACCCACUGCACUUCACAGCAUGUAUAUCCAGUGCAGUUGCUAACAGACAGAGAACACAAACAGAAUCAAGUCAGCAAAGAAACGAGUUCUUAUCAGCACCAUCUAGUGUGUCAUGUGGCUCAGAUUCUAGUGAGCAAGGAACCAUGGAGACUGUCAACUCGGAAGAUGAAGAGGAGGCAUUGUGGAAGUCACUGUGUCGAGAUGAUGACCCGUACCACCCACUGAAUUUUAGAGCUCGUCUCAACAGUGCACAUACAUUUACAGACUCCCAUGAAAAAAUCCCUAAAAUAUGCAGAGAUGCCACAAGCUCUAAAUGUCCCAAGCCAUUUUUGAUGCAAAGGAAAAUUAUCAGUCACCAAUGUCCUCAGCUGUGUAUGGAGAAGCCAGCAAAAGUUCCCUGGAAAAAGCCCCUACAUAAGACUGUUGUUGCCAACAUAAAGAAAAUUUCUACUGUGAAAAGGGUAAAAUUCUCUCCAAUUGUUCAAAUUCACAUGAUGAGAGCAUGGUCAUUUGCUCUUCAAUCAUGCCGUAAGGGACCAUGGGAGGAGCACGCUCGCGAUAGGGACCGUUUCCAGAGGAGAAUUUGGGAAACAGAGCAAGCCAUAGGAUAUUGUUUCAUGCAAUCACACAGAGAUAAGUUUUUGAUCUAUCACCAAAGCAAUAAAUAAGCAUAUUCCAGAAAUACUUUCUAAUCUUAACUGAGACCCUGGACUGGUUCUCUUAACAACUCUACUGUGUUCUACACACAUUUCACAGGGUCAAAUCUGUUAACAAGACUGAAUCUUUUCUUUACAGUGCCUUAUAUACCAGUGACAAUGACAGUGUGACAGCUGUUUUAUCAUAAUUUUGGUGGCAUUUAUGGUCAAGGCUAUUAAGUGAUGAGAAUGCAAAAUGUUUCUAUUUCUGUACGCAAUAUUUUUGAGAAACUGGCUUUAAUUGUGUAUUCAUGUGGUUUCUUGUUUUUGUCAGAGUUAAGUUACCCUCUAAGAAGCGUGUACGUAACAGAGGGGUUAAAAACAAUACAUGAUGAAACUCACUCCCCAGAGAAGAAAUCAAUUAACCUCUCCCUUUGGCACGCCAAUGGAAGCACAAACUGCAUGGUGCAAAGAGGAGCAAUAAUGUAGGCAAUCUGUAACAUAUAUUAUCACAACAGAUUUAUUUUCUUUGUUAAAGUGUUAGUGUUCUUUGUUAAGUCUUUGUUAGCAAGCAGACUUUACAUGAUAUGUGUGUGUGUGUGUAUCGUGAGGAUUACUGUAAUUGACACAUCUAGAGAUCUGGUUACAUUUGGUUUGUGUGUGUACUACUGAAUCUUAAGCCAUCUCUAUUGAUGUUGUAGUGUAUCUGGUAGCAAGGCAACAGAGAGAGUUGUGUUUGGUGCCUCUGAAAGCAUUACAGGAGAUUGCAGCAGGAACAGCCCAUUGUGGGAGGGUAGCCAGCAUGGUCACAAUAGAGAGUGGUGAAGCUAAGAAGGUGGGUGUGGAUUUGACUGGAUCUCUGGAGUCCCAAUUACACCAUCUGAUGCAAUCAGGAGCCUCUGAGAGUUAAACACAAAAGGUAGCAUAGACAAAUUCAAACAGUCCCACAGGAUCUCCUCCCAUUUUCUUUUGGUGAAAUGGUGAACACUCCUUUUAUGCUUUUAUGUCAAGUUUAAAUUGCUAAGAAUGCUAGUGUGAUGUUAUUUUGGCUUGUUAAAUUGUGGUAUUUCUGUAAAGUGUUAUGAUAAUCAGAUUAAAUAUUCAGUAUGUUUUGUCUAUCAAGGUUAUUUUGUUCUGUGUAACUGAUAGCAAGUUUUAUUCAUAUCAUAGCAAGUCAAUAUAAGCAAGUCAUAUAUUGUCACACAUGCAAGGGUUCUUGUGGGAUGAAAACCAAUUAAAUCCCUCGGAUGAAUGGAAAACCUGCUCACCUUAACAAUAAAAAAGGUACUGUAUGGUCGGUCAGGUUUAAGAGCACAUAUUAAAUGUAGUUUACAUUAAAAUAUUGUUAUUCAUCAAAAUCUGAUGUCAUUGCUUAUAGUAAAUGCAAUUUAAAUAUCUAAGAACUAUGAGAAAUAAGUGUAAUCAAUUAAAUGUAGUAUAAUUUUGUAGUCAUAAAAUAUUGUGAGGCUGUAAUAUGAAGAAAAGACUGUAGGAAUAUAUUAACAUAAUUAAAUACUGUGUUGCAUGAUAGCACAGUAGAUUGCCAUUUCACAGCCUAUGAGUCCUAGGUUUGAUCCUGUGCUUAGGGGGCUUUACAGGGUUGAUUUUAUAUGUAAACAAAUUGUGUUAAUACGUAAUUCACAUUGAAACA